AAUUUCUUUUUAUUUUAUAAACGACAAGUGGACAAAAGCAGCAGCUAACCAUGUCUGGAGAAGAAACGUCAGCUGAUCGUAAUGUCGAAAUUUGGAAAAUCAAGAAGCUCAUCAAGAGCUUGGAGAUCGCACGCGGCAAUGGCACCAGUAUGAUUUCAUUAAUCAUUCCACCCAAGGAUCAGAUAUCUCGUGUAAGCAAAAUGUUGGCCGAUGAAUUUGGCACAGCCUCAAACAUCAAGUCGCGUGUCAAUCGACUGUCAGUUUUGGGUGCGAUUACCUCGGUACAGCAGCGAUUGAAAUUGUACACCAAAGUGCCUCCCAAUGGUUUGGUCAUCUAUUGUGGUACCAUUGUUACCGAAGAAGGUAAAGAAAAGAAAGUUAAUAUUGAUUUUGAGCCAUUCAAACCGAUCAAUACGUCAUUGUAUUUGUGCGACAAUAAGUUCCACACCGAAGCACUUACGGCACUUUUAGCUGACGACAAUCGUUUUGGCUUUAUUGUGAUGGACGGUAAUGGUGCCUUGUUCGGUACCCUACAGGGCAAUACACGCGAGGUAUUGCACAAAUUUACCGUCGAUCUGCCAAAAAAGCAUGGUCGUGGUGGUCAGUCCGCUUUGCGUUUCGCACGUUUGCGUAUGGAAAAACGUCACAAUUACGUGCGUAAAGUUGCCGAAGUGGCAACGCAACUAUUCAUAACAAACGACAAACCCAAUGUUGCGGGACUCAUUUUGGCCGGUAGCGCCGAUUUCAAAACUGAAUUGAGUCAGUCCGAUAUGUUCGAUCCUCGCUUGCAAUCCAAGAUCAUCAAACUCAUUGAUGUUUCGUAUGGCGGUGAGAACGGUUUCAAUCAAGCCAUCGAAUUGUCAGCCGAAUCUUUGCAAAAUGUGAAAUUUAUACAGGAAAAGAAAUUGAUCGGACGCUACUUCGAUGAGAUUUCCCAGGAUACGGGCAAAUACUGUUUCGGUGUAGAUGACACACUGCGCGCCUUGGAAUUGGGUUCUGUCGAUAUAUUGAUCUGCUGGGAAAAUUUGGAUAUACAACGCUAUGUACUGAAGAAUCAUGCCAAUGCCUCGGCGCCCACCAUUUUGCAUUUAACGCCCGAACAGGAAAAAGACAAAUCACACUUCACAGACAAGGAGACGGGCGUUGAAAUGGAACUGAUCGAAUCACAGCCUUUGCUCGAAUGGUUGGCCAACAACUACAAAAUCUUCGGCGCUACUCUAGAAAUCAUUACCGACAAGUCUCAAGAGGGCAGUCAGUUUGUGCGUGGUUUCGGUGGCAUUGGUGGCAUAUUGCGUUACAAGGUCGACUUCCAAAGUAUGCAGCUCGAUGAAUUGGAUAAUGAAGAAUUUGAUUUAGAUGAUUAUUAGACAAUUUUUUUUUAUUUACAAUUACCACAACUAAAUACAAGACAAACAAAAAAGAUGAUAAGUUUCUUGGCUGAAAAAAACAAACUCAAAAGAGGAUUAAGAAAAUAGUCAUAUUCCAAAAUUGGCUAAGCACAUACAGCUACACAUGCAAUUUCCAAUUGUUCUGGGGGAAAAGUUAAAGGUAAAUAAAGAUUGAUUUUUUUUUUGUGUAAAACUACACAAUUUAUUUAAUUUAAAAUGUGUCGAAGUCAGCAGAAAUUGAGUAUUAAAUAGUUUUUCUUUAUUUAUUGGCAAAGAAAUUGAAAAAAUUUGUGUAUUUUUUUUUAAUAAUUAAAUAAAUUAUAAAAUGUUUAACUGGACAAAGUUUAAUUUUAAAAAAUUACACAAACUUUGAAUAUUUUCUGUUGUUGUAUGGCCAAAAACGUUAAAAUCUUAUUGUUUUUGUUUGUUUAUUUGUUUACAUGCUAAUUUUACUUGUUAACAAUAUUUUGUUUAUUUUCUGUAUUGAAACAGUAAAACAUUAGCAUAAAAAUUAUACGUCUACUACCAUUUUUAAAAGAAAUUAUCUCAUGUUUAAAUCUCAAUACCUCUGUCGGCCUAGCUGCUUUUUAAAAUUUUGUAUAGUAUUUAAAAGAACUUUAACUUUUCUCUAACCAUUGGAAUUGUUGUGGUUACGGGCUAAAGGAUGUCAACUGGUUUCAGAGGGACUAAAUUUGAAUACCAGCCUUUGACAUCAACUCAAAUCCUUUUAAAAUUUAUCAUCUUCAGAACGGAUUCUUCCAUAUUUCCAAAAUAAAGAAAAUUCAUCUACCAGUCAACUAUCUAUAUUACACAGCAAACAUAUUGAUAUAUUAUUAAUACGAAAAAAAAACCAACAAACAAAGAAAAGUAAAAACAUCAUCUUAAAUGAUCAUUAGUUUAAAUUGGGUUUAAUUUUAAUUUAAGUGGCCUUUUAUACCCUUAAAACUUGCUGAUAAAAAGGAAAUAAAAUUGCUCCUAACUCUUUUGAAACUCUUUUGAUCAAACUCAAGGAUUGGUUGUCAAAUUUUUUUUUUUUGAGAAUAUUUGUUUUUAUUAUGGAAAACUAUAUAUAUAUGGCCUUUUUAUACAUAAUAAAAGAAAUAUAAAAUAAUUUACAACUAAAAAUCAUGUGCGCCAAAUUUAUUUUAUUUAUUUUUUUAAAUAUUUUCAAAAAUAACUCAGUAAAAAUUGUAUUUUAGCUAAUAAAAAAAAACAAAACAAAAUCGCCUUAAGAAACCCACAUUUGUAAUAAAGUUUUCUCUAAAAUAAAAUCCAAGAAUUUGUCUAGAAAAUAGUAAA